AAGAACUUGCAAACCUUACGAAAUGCACAUCCCAUGAAGUUGUAUUUUACAAACAUUGGAGAAUUUGAGUUAAUAUUAUGGGAAUUCAUUUGGAGAAAACGCCUGAAAAGAAAACAAGACUGUAUUGAAGAGAUUUUAAAGCAGACAGCUGAGUAGUAUCCACUGGCUAUAAAAAUAUCAAUGUGGACAUGGAGAGCAAUGCAAGUUUGUUCUACAGAGCCAAUAUGUAAUUCUGUGAUUUUUAAGUUAAAACAGAUUGUUGUAGACAUGGACAAACGACAGGGAAAAUAGAAAAUGCCAUUCUGGAGUGACUCUAGUAAAGCUGAAAACUACAAAGCUAAACUUGAACAUAAAAUGUGCAUUGCUAAAGAAACCCCUGAGCCUGUAUUUGAUCUUGCUGACUGCAAUUUGAGUGAUGUGCCUUCAGGUGUGUUUUCUAUGUGUCGUGUCUUUCUGAAAGAGACACUUCUCCUUCAAAAUAAUCAACUGACAUCUCUUCAGGGAGGAGGGUCUCUAACAGAUCUUAGUCACCUUCAGGUACUCAAUUUAAUGAAUAACAAGUUAAGCUCAUUGCCAGAAGAUAUAGGUCAUCUUACUCAUUUGCAGGAUCUUAAUGUAGAAAAUAAUAGGCUGAAAAAGUUGCCAGUAUCUUUCAGAAAUUUACAGAACUUGCACUACUUGAAUUUAAAAGGUAAUAAACUGACAGCUUUUCCAAUGUCUGUAUGUCUGCUUCUUAAUCUUCAAUCCUUGAAUAUUUGUGAUAAUCCAAAAAUUAAAACUUUACCCAAAGAAUUAGGCUGUUUAGAAUUUCUCAAAAGCCUUUUGAUUGAUGCAGAAUGUUUCUCUUAUCCACCACAAGACAUAUGUGUGCGUGGAACAGAAUGCAUAAUGAGGUUCUUAUGCCAGGCUAUCGGCAAAGAAUAUUCCAUUUCUAGUCCAGCCAAUAGUCCAAGCCAAACUACUGAUGAUGGUGCAAAUAAUUCCAGUACUAGUCAGAAAUUAGUACAAUGUGUGGAGAUUUCAUCUCCCUCUGCAUCUUACCUUCAGUACCAAAGAGCAAAGGAACAGCGUCAACAAGACCUUCUUAUGAUGGAAGAAGCCUUAAAAGAAAGUUAUGAAAUGCAGUCUGCUUCUAUAGUUGAUGCCACAACAAAACGUCAAAAACUGUUACAAGAUAUAGCUCAGGAACAAGAAAGAAUGGAAAAUGAAAUAAUGUUGCUGCAAAGCAAAAAAGAAAAAGAGAGGCAGAAUCUUUUAUCAAUUUUGGCAAAUGUUGAAGAUCAUUCUGCAAAGUUGAUUGAACAGUUAAUGAGCCUAAAUGAUCGAACAAAAAGCUUAUCCAGAAUGUUAGAAGUUUUAGAAAAAGACAGAUUAGAAAAUGAAUUGUUCUGCAUUAAGCAAGAGGAAGUAGAACAGCUAAGGAAAAAAGAAAUUUUAGAGGCUAUGACAGAAAUGCUUCAGUGUGAAGAAAACCAGCGAAAACAUGAAGCAAGAAAAUUUAGUGUUGUGGAACAGCUUCAGAAUGAUGAAAAUGAAAGUUAUUCGAAGCUUCACAAUCUGUUUCAAGAGAGGGAGAUGGAUCAACAAAUUUUGAUCAAUGAAUUGUUAGAAGAGGAGCAGUAUCAGAAGGAAGCAUUUAAAGCACUUCAACUUCAAAAAGAUUUACAGCAUCAGGAAAUUAUUCAUCAAAUAUAUUUGAUUGAAAAAGAGCUUGCUAAUUUGACCAUGGCUGAAGUGAAAAAGAAGGAUUUUAAAUUAAAUUCUGAAGUUAAUGUUUUGGCAGAGCAUAGAACUGCAUUAGCUUAUUUAUUAAGUGACCUGUUAGCUGCCAAAAAGAAACGUGAAGAAGAAUUGAAAAAAAGACUGCAAGAAAUGGAUUUACUGCGGGCUCAUGAAGCUGAAGAUUUCUGGCUAAUUCAGUACCAGAAAUUGCUUGAUAGGAAGCCCAAAGAUAUCAUAUAUUCUGAGCUUGAAAUGGACUCUGAAGUAAAAUAUGUUUUGAUGGAAGCUUCAGCGCAUAGCUACUUACCUCUGUUUGCAGUGAAGGGAGUUACAUUUUCACAAUUAGUCAAUUAUACUGUGAAAGACUUGAAAGCAAUUGGUGUCCUGGAUGAAGAUAUGUGUGAUGAAAUUUUGGCUAAAGCACUAGAAAAUUUCAAAAAUGUAGGAGGUGAUGGUUCAAAAACCCCUGAUAUGCCCAAACCCUCUGCACCACCUGAUGAGUCACCAACUGAGGUACAACCAUCUGCUCCUCUUUUAUCUCCAGACACAGAAGCAAAGCUGUGGUGUCAAACUGAAUGUGUAAUCUGUUUGGAUGUAGAGAGCUCUGCAGUAUUCCUGCCAUGUGGUCAUGUUUGUUGCUGCCUAAAAUGUUCUGGUGGUAUAGAAUUGUGUCCUAUGUGUCGAACAGCCAUCACUUCAAAAUUUGUUCUUACUGCUACAUAAGAAAAUUUUACGAUUGUUAAAACUUUUACAUUAAAUGCCUUUUAUUUGUAAUAAUUACUUGAUUGCAUAUCUUUAUAGGCUUUUUUGAAAUUUGCAUACAGGAUUUAUGUGCCUGAGAAUCAUUAUCUGUACAUAAUUUCAUUCUUAAUCUCUAUUUUAAUAAAUAAGCAUUUUUAAAUUGA